UAGAGGGAAGUGGUUUGAAAAUUCAAUAAUCGAACAAUAGAAGUCAGUAAGUUUGGCUGGAAGCAUUAUAGCCAUCAACCUGGAAAAGAUUUGAGGAGUGAUGUUCUAAAAGAAGUAUUAAGGAAUCUUGAUCUUGUGUUAUUCUUUGACUGGAGAAAUGAUUGAGCAGGAGAUUGUUUGCUUGCCUUGGUUGGCCCAAACGUUGGAAUAUGGCGAUUAUGCAAGAUUGAACAACCAGGUGGAAGAAGCAAACCGCCAGCUGAGACAUAUGAGAGGAGAUGACCUCCAAGGGUUGACAAUGGAAGAGCUGCAACAACUGGAGAAAACUCUCGAAACUGGAUUACGCCGUGUUCUUCACAGAAAGGGUGAACAAAUAAUGGAGCAAAUUAAUGAUCUCAGAAAGAAGGGACUGCAACUGAUGGAAGAAAAUAUAUUUUUGCGACAGCAGGUUAUGGAAAUGACAAAAACCGGAAAACAAAUGGUCGCUGAGUCGGAAACCGUCGUACUUGAAGAUGGACAGUCUUCUGACUCGAUCACUAAUAUAUCUGAGUCAGGGAACUCACGUGAAAAUGAUGAUUGUUCAGAUACAUCUCUCAGACUAGG